AAACAACGUCCAGUAAAGUCAAAUUAAGUGAUUUCACAAUGGUGGUUCGCUCUUACAAUGAUGAGCUCGGGUAUCUUGAGAAGAUCAACGACCACUGCUGGAAGAUCAAAAAGGGCUUCCAGCCGAACAUGAACGUCGAGGGAUGCUUCUAUGUGAACAGCCGGCUGGAGCGGCUCAUGCUGGAGGAACUGAAGAAUUCGUGCCGUCCCGGAGCAGUCGGUGGUUUCCUGCCCGGCGUCAAGCAAAUCGCAAAUGUGGCCGCCCUGCCCGGUAUUGUGGGUCGCUCAAUUGGCCUGCCCGACAUACACUCAGGCUAUGGAUUCGCCAUCGGCAAUAUGGCCGCAUUCGACAUGGAUAACCCGCUGUCGAUAGUGAGCCCUGGUGGCGUGGGCUUCGACAUCAAUUGCGGGGUUCGCCUGCUGCGCACCAAUCUGUUCGAGAAGGACGUGCAGCCGGUGAAGGAGCAGCUGGCCCAGUCUCUGUUCGACCACAUACCCGUCGGCGUGGGCUCAAAAGGCAUCAUUCCGAUGAACGCCCGCGACCUGGAGGAGGCCCUGGAAAUGGGAAUGGACUGGUCGCUGCGCGAGGGCUACGUCUGGGCCGAGGACAAGGAGCACUGCGAGGAGUACGGCCGCAUGUUGAACGCCGAUCCCGCCAAGGUGAGCAUGCGGGCCAAGAAGCGUGGGCUGCCGCAGCUUGGAACACUGGGCGCGGGCAACCACUACGCCGAAAUCCAGGUGGUGGACGAAAUCUACGACAAGUGGAGCGCCUCCAAGAUGGGCAUCGAGGAGAAGGGCCAGGUGGUCGUCAUGAUACACUCUGGAAGCCGCGGCUUUGGUCACCAGGUCGCCACCGACGCGCUGGUGCAAAUGGAAAAGGCCAUGAAACGGGACAAGAUUGAGACCAACGAUCGGCAGCUGGCCUGCGCCCGCAUCAACUCUGUUGAGGGACAGGACUACCUGAAGGCCAUGGCGGCGGCGGCCAACUUCGCCUGGGUCAAUCGCAGCUCCAUGACCUUCCUCACCCGCCAGGCGUUCGCCAAGAUGUUCAACACCACUCCGGACGAUCUCGACAUGCACGUCAUCUACGAUGUUUCGCACAACAUCGCCAAAGUGGAGAACCACAUUGUGGACGGCAAGGAGCGCAAGCUGCUCGUGCACCGCAAGGGUUCCACGCGCGCCUUUCCUCCCCACCAUCCACUGAUCCCAGUGGACUAUCAGCUGACUGGCCAGCCCGUACUCGUGGGCGGCACCAUGGGCACCUGCAGCUACGUGCUGACUGGCACAGAGCAGGGCAUGCAGGAGACCUUCGGCAGCACCUGCCACGGAGCUGGUCGCGCCUUGUCACGUGCCAAAUCUCGGCGUAAUCUCGACUACAAGGAGGUGCUGGACAAGCUGGAGCAAAUCGGCAUUGCCAUACGCGUAGCCUCACCCAAGCUAGUCAUGGAGGAGGCUCCAGAGUCGUACAAGGAUGUAACCGAUGUUGUUGACACCUGUCACGCGGCGGGUAUUAGCAAGAAGUGCAUCAAAAUGCGACCAAUAGCAGUCAUUAAGGGCUGACAGCGUCUGUACUCGUAAGAUAUUUAUGUUUGUGAUUAAAUCGAGGAUGAUUUAAAUUUAAA